AUGCUGGGAGCAGCACCAACUCUGCGCACAGCAGCUAUAGGCUGCCGACUCCAACCCACUCUCCUUUCGCCCUGUGCAUACCACACAACAUCCCCGAGCUCUCUUCGAUCUACAGACUCCUCUUCCCACCCGAGACGACGAGUACCCCUCUCAAAGGCAAAGCGCAAUGUAGUAUUCAAGCCCUCAACAUCAGUGACCUCAAUUCGUCAUGCGUCCUCAAUCAGCACGCCUCCUCCCCACGAAACCUCCACCACAAGCACCCAAAACGUCGACCACUUGGACUGGAACACCUUCUUCAAACUCCGCAAGACACGCCGAUGGUACCAACUGGGCUCCUCAAUCGGAACUGGACUGGGCGGUUUUGUUCUCGGUGCUCAGGCGCUCACACGUUCCGACAUGGACGCUCUCGUCUCCCAAAUACCGCUCGAUCCCUUCAUCACACUCGGUCUCAUAACCUUCACUUGUGGCGGAAUUGGCUGGCUUACAGGCCCGAUUGUCGGUACCGGUGUCUUCAAUCUGAGGAAUCGGAAGUUUAAGGCGCAGAUGGAUGAGAAGGAGAAGGAAUUUUAUAAGAGGAUUAAGAGGUUUAGGGUUGAUCCGAGUGCGAGCAGUAUGGCGAAUCCGGUGCCUGAUUAUUACGGCGAGAAGAUCUCAAGUGUAGCCGGCUAUCGACGAUGGCUGAAGGACCAACGGGCAUUCAACAAGAAACGGACGACGUAUAUCAACUACUAG